CAAAGCGCCACGUUGUCCUUCGCAGCCCCGGAAAAGAAAGGAAAAGUGGAAAAGCCAGGCGUCGUGUUGAGCGGGCGUCGAAAAGUAGGCAACACUUGCUCCUGCUGCCUGGCCACGAAAAUGUUGAAUGUUUGCCCGGGAAACCAUUGAAAUCAUCGCACAAAGCACAUCGUUUAUCCUCCCCCAAAAACUAUAGAGCUCCGCAAUAUGGCUGUGGCUGGUUUUGUUUAUUGUUGGCCUUUGUUCGGGCUUGCCAUUAUUCUGCUGACGGUACUGGCGACGCCGAUUGACGCCGCCCAGAGGCAUACUGCCUCGGAUAAUCCCUCAACAUACAAUAUUGGCGGCGUACUGAGCAAUUCCGACAGCGAGGAGCACUUCAGCACAACAAUAAAGCACCUCAAUUUCGAUCAGCAAUAUGUACCCCGCAAGGUCACCUACUAUGAUAAGACAAUAAGGAUGGACAAGAACCCCAUCAAGACGGUUUUUAAUGUAUGCGACAAGCUCAUCGAAAACCGGGUGUACGCCGUAGUCGUUUCGCAUGAGCAAACCUCAGGUGAUUUGUCGCCGGCGGCCGUGAGUUAUACAAGCGGAUUCUAUUCAAUUCCUGUCAUUGGCAUAUCCUCGCGGGAUGCGGCCUUCUCCGACAAGAACAUCCACGUCUCCUUCCUGAGGACGGUGCCCCCGUACUACCACCAAGCGGAUGUCUGGCUGGAGAUGCUCAGCCACUUCGCCUACACGAAGGUAAUCAUCAUCCAUAGCUCCGACACGGAUGGCAGGGCCAUUCUGGGCCGAUUCCAGACCACAUCCCAGACCUACUACGACGACGUGGAUGUGCGCGCCACCGUGGAACUGAUUGUCGAAUUCGAGCCCAAGCUGGAGAGCUUCACGGAGCACCUCAUCGACAUGAAGACGGCCCAGUCCAGGGUGUACCUGAUGUACGCCAGCACCGAGGACGCCCAAGUAAUCUUCCGCGAUGCUGGGGAGUACAACAUGACCGGGGAGGGCCACGUGUGGAUUGUGACGGAGCAGGCGCUGUUCUCCAACAAUACUCCGGACGGAGUGCUGGGCCUCCAGCUGGAGCACGCCCACAGCGACAAGGGGCACAUUAGGGACAGCGUUUAUGUUUUGGCCUCGGCCAUCAAGGAGAUGAUUUCCAACGAGACCAUCGCCGAGGCUCCAAAGGAUUGCGGCGACUCUGCUGUUAACUGGGAAUCGGGCAAGAGGCUGUUCCAGUACCUCAAGAACCGAAAUAUCACGGGCGAAACGGGACAGGUGGCCUUCGAUGACAAUGGAGAUCGAAUCUACGCCGGCUAUGAUGUGAUAAACAUUCGGGAGCAGCAGAAAAAGCACGUGGUUGGAAAGUUCAGUUACGACAGCAUGCGGGCGAAGAUGCGGAUGAGGAUCAACGAUAGCGAGAUCAUUUGGCCAGGAAAGCAGCGUCGAAAGCCGGAGGGCAUCAUGAUCCCAACCCACCUGAAGUUGCUGACCAUCGAGGAGAAGCCUUUUGUCUACGUGCGACGCAUGGGCGACGACGAGUUCCGCUGCGAACCGGACGAGCGUCCCUGUCCACUUUUCAACAACUCGGAUGCCACUGCCAACGAAUUCUGCUGCCGCGGGUACUGCAUCGACCUGCUGAUCGAGCUGUCCAAGCGGAUCAACUUCACCUACGACCUGGCCCUGUCCCCCGACGGCCAGUUCGGUCACUACAUCCUGCGGAACAGCUCGGGGGCCAUGACGCUGCGCAAGGAGUGGACGGGCCUCAUCGGAGAGCUGGUCAACGAACGUGCCGACAUGAUCGUGGCACCACUAACCAUCAAUCCGGAGCGUGCCGAGUACAUAGAAUUCUCAAAACCAUUCAAAUACCAAGGCAUUACAAUACUCGAGAAGAAACCGUCACGAUCGAGUACUCUCGUGUCUUUCUUGCAGCCGUUUAGUAACACGCUAUGGAUCUUGGUAAUGGUGUCGGUCCAUGUUGUGGCGCUCGUGCUCUACCUACUGGACAGAUUCUCGCCGUUCGGACGCUUCAAGCUCUCGCACUCGGACAGUAACGAGGAGAAGGCGCUGAACCUCAGCUCCGCGGUGUGGUUCGCCUGGGGAGUCCUGCUGAACAGCGGCAUCGGCGAGGGCACGCCCCGCAGCUUCUCCGCCCGGGUGCUGGGCAUGGUCUGGGCAGGAUUCGCGAUGAUAAUCGUCGCCUCGUACACCGCCAACCUGGCCGCCUUCCUCGUGCUCGAGCGGCCCAAGACGAAGCUGAGCGGCAUCAACGAUGCCCGGCUGAGGAACACCAUGGAGAACCUGACCUGCGCCACCGUCAAGGGCUCCUCCGUGGACAUGUACUUCCGCCGCCAGGUGGAGCUGUCCAACAUGUACCGCACCAUGGAGGCCAACAACUACGCCACCGCCGAGCAGGCCAUCCAGGACGUGAAGAAGGGCAAGCUCAUGGCCUUUAUCUGGGACUCUUCUCGUCUGGAGUACGAGGCCUCCAAGGAUUGCGAACUGGUUACUGCCGGAGAGCUGUUCGGACGGAGUGGCUACGGGAUUGGACUGCAGAAGGGCUCGCCCUGGACGGACGCAGUCACGCUGGCCAUCUUGGAGUUCCACGAAAGCGGGUUCAUGGAGAAACUGGACAAACAGUGGAUCUUCCACGGGCAUGUGCAGCAGAACUGCGAGCUCUUCGAGAAGACGCCCAACACUCUGGGGCUGAAGAACAUGGCGGGGGUGUUCAUACUGGUGGGUGUGGGCAUUGCCGGCGGCGUGGGUCUGAUCAUCAUCGAGGUCAUCUACAAGAAGCACCAGGUGAAGAAGCAGAAGCGCCUGGACAUUGCCCGACAUGCGGCGGACAAGUGGCGGGGCACUAUAGAGAAACGAAAGACUAUCCGUGCCUCCCUGGCGAUGCAGCGCCAGUACAACGUGGGCCUGAACGCGACGCAUGCCCCGGGCACCAUCAGUCUGGCAGUGGACAAGCGCCGGUAUCCUCGCCUGGGUCAGCGACUGGGACCGGAACGAGCCUGGCCAGGAGACGCUGCCGACGUGCUCCGCAUCCGGCGGCCCUACGAACUGGGCAAACCUGGCCAGAGUCCGAAGGUGAUGGCCGCCAACCAGCCGGGAAUGCCCAUGCCCAUGCUGGGCAAGACACGGCCCCAGCAAAGUGUGCUGCCACCUCGAUAUUCGCCCGGAUACACCAGCGAUGUGUCGCAUCUGGUCGUUUGAGUUUAAGUUAACAUUUUGCC